UCGUGACAUGAGGAAGCCCUAACCCUAGACAUUUCAGCCGCCACUUCAAACUCCUCGGCCGCCAUCUCUCGUAUUCUCGCAUCUCCGAUCAAGAUGAGGCCGCCGCCCGCUUCCAUGCUGUUGAAGCGCCACCAUCACGACCUGCUGCCGACAAUGUCGCGUGCCACCGUGAGUUCCGUCAAGAACCGGGAACAAACCGUUGGGUCGUCUUUGUGCGAGUUACGAGCCACCAGAAUUACUCGUUCGGGAAUCUGUCAACCAGCAGCUGGAGUUUCAUCCGCGGGACUUCAGCAGUGUCAGGUUGAGGCGGUCCUGCUUUUUGUUGAAGACCAACAUACCCAGGACGGACCGGAUAGUCUACAAACCCAAAAGGGUUUCUUUCACUCCGACAACAACGCUCCAAACCCUAAGCAAAAUGACCUUCCUCCUUCAUAUCUCCCUUCCAGUGAUAAUUUUACAUAUGUCGCCAUCUUUCCUAAAAAACGACCAGAGGUGCCCCUGCUUCCAGACAACCGUUGCAGACCGCCGUUCAACGACAUCGUAAGGUCCAAGCACUAUUUCCUGAGAUAG